UGUAGCAAAUUUGCAUAGUACUUUUGUUUACUCUAUAGUCUUUUAAGUAGUGUAACUAAUUUAGAUUUAUAUCGUAUAUGCUCACUAAAUGAAAUUAAAAUAGCUCUUUACCUUUAUCCUUAAUUUCUCAAUUUUCUGAACUCCAUCAGAGACCUCAAGUUAAGAACGGAAGAAUCUCAUCAAUCUCAUCUUAUUAUAAUCCUUCGUGAUCCGGUUAAUUCAAAUUCACAUUGCGUAGCUCACAAAAAGGAGAAAUAGCUCCUGCCCCCUAGUUUCUCAGUUCGCCAAACUUCAACUCGAAGCCUCUUGUACAAAAGAGUCUCAUACAUCUUUAGUGUCCGGACUCAGUUUCUGCACACCUCAACUAAUUUCACUAAAUACCCGUCACUUCCCAGCGACAACAGCUACUAAGGAAGAGUCUCACUGCAUCUCAUCCCACUACAAUUGGUCACGAGGUUACAUAGCUAAACAACAAUUUUGUUUAAUCAAGAUGAGUAACCUUUUCUCCAAGAUUUAUCCUCCCUCAUUUAGAGUAAAUCAUCAAAAGCUUCACCAAAAUUCUAGUACAAUAAGCUGUUGCUCCAAUAAUGAUGAACAGUACUAUUCUAGUACACAACACAAUGGUUGGGUACUCAACACUUUCCCAGAAAAGAACCUAGUACCACAUCAACAUGGGAUAGUGAAACCACCUAGGCCAAAAAGAAUAAUCCUUGUUAGACAUGGAGAAAGUGAAGGGAAUGUUGAUGAAAGUGUUUAUACAAGAGUUGCUGAUCCUAAAGUUGGAUUAACAGAAAAAGGGGUGAUUGAAGCAGAAGAAUGUGGAAGAAAAAUGAGGGAAAUGAUUGAGAAAAAUGAUGAUGAUGAUGAUUGGAAAGUGUAUUUCUAUGUUUCACCUUAUAAAAGGGGAAUUGAAACAUUGAGAAAUUUGGCUAAGUCUUUUGAACGUUCAAGAAUUGCUGGUGUUAGGGAAGAACCUCGUUUGAGAGAACAAGAUUUUGGAAAUUUUCAGGACAGGGAACAAAUGAAGAUAGAGAAGGCUGUCCGAGCUCGUUAUGGUCGUUUCUUUUAUAGGUUUCCUAAUGGAGAAUCAGCAGCAGAUGUUUAUGACAGAAUCACAGGGUUCAGGGAAACACUUAGAAGUGAUAUUGACAUAGGAAGAUUUCAACCACCUGGUCAGCAGAGUCCAAAUAUGAACCUGGUUAUAGUUUCACAUGGACUUACUCUAAGGGUGUUCUUGAUGAGAUGGUAUAAAUGGACAGUGGAGCAAUUUGAAGGACUACAUAAUAUGACUAAUGGGGGUAUGAUUGUUAUGGAAAGAGGCUAUGGUGGAAGACCAGCACAGAUACUGGGUACCUCUACCCACCGAGACUUGGAAGAAUGGGAAGAAUCACCUAGCGGUUUUGUUUCUGUGGAUAUUUGAACCUAAUGCCUCAUAGUUCUCAACUCACUUUACUGAUCACUAGGUAACACCCUUGAGUGCUUCUGGACAAUGUUGUUGCCUCGACACUUAGGGAACAAUGUGAAGCGACAGGUUAUCGCUUCAUUGUUGAAAGUCGUGCGCUUUAAGAAAUGCUAGACGUGAAAAAUUUGCAGGUACUGCUUGUCAAUGCACCAUACAAAGGAGGAGUUGCAGAAAUUUGGGAUGACUGAUGAAAUGCUAACUGACCAAGAAUGGUAACUUUUUGUGCUUUAAAUCACUUGGGGUUCUUGCUUAUCUAUUUUUGAUUGAUUUUUUCUAUGAAGGCAAAAGAUAGCCAAGCCAGGUGAACUAAACUAUGAUUGCUUGAUUACUGGACCAUCCUACUUUACUCACUUUGAUGAUGAUGAUGAAUACAAGAAUUUUGAGAUGUAAGAUCAUUAAGACCAUACUUGGUGAAAAUGUGUCAACUUCUAAGAAAGGAGUUUGAUUCAUAUACACUUACAGUACAAAAGAAUUUCACACCUUUUGCAACUUGCCAUUGGUCAUUUUUGCCAUGUUUAGAACAGGCUAAUGAUCUGUGUUUCCUGUAUAAAGUUGCAUGUAAUUAAUUGACUUUUGAUAAUUUAACGAUUUUAUGUA